AUGGCUGGGUAUGAAAUGCUGUUUUUAUUUCUUGGAUUCGUAUUCAUCUCGGUGCAGGCCGUUCCUGCCCCUGGUCGAGGCGCACUGGAAGGAUACUGUAUAACGAGCGAUGACUGUAAGAAGGGUGAGUGUUGUAUCAGCUUCAACACCCCCCGUGGCAAGAGGGAGGCCCUCUCCCCCGACCUCCGCAAGUUCGUCGACGGAAAAUGCGAGCAGUUGGGCUCCGUCGGAGACAAGUGCUAUGUGAAUCCGUUGUCCCCCGGGGAGUCGGGCCUGUUCUAUGACCGAUGUCCCUGCAGCAGCGAUAUCAACUGCAAUUCGGACGGAAUAAUUCUACCGCCAAUAGGCUUGUCAGGCACCUGUGGAGUAAAGGAAUGUUCCCAAUCGGAUGAUUGCCAGAACGACGAGUGUUGUGUAAGCAAGUUCCGGCCAAUUGGCAAGCGCUCCCUCGACAGCGCUAACCAGCUGGGAAUCUGCAAGCCCAUGGGCACCACUAACUCUGACUGCCUGGUGUCUAAUGGUUCUGGGCGACCCAAGGACCGGGUGUUCCUCCACUGUCCGUGCGGCGACGCUUUCACAUGCCGUGGCAUUGGCAUCAGAGACAUCCCGCUCGGGGCGCUUGGCAAGUGUAGCUUCCGCCGCCCUUUCAGAGGACCCUUCCUACCAUGA